CACAGUUUUAUCUGCCACACGACCAAAAAAGGAGAUUUUGGAAGAUUCAAACUAGCAAGAUGUCAUGAGAGCGAGAGCAUCAGUGAGAGAGCGAGGGCCGGAGAGGGCGACCGGCAGCAGAGAACGAGGACAGUGGACAGCACAGCGAUAUGAGGGGUUUCAACGUGAGAGCAGGAAACAGCCAAGAGAGAACUAUGGGGGUUUUGAGAAAAGGAUCUACAACCAAGCAAUUCCUUUCUUUUUCACAAAUUUCCCAGAUGAAUGGUCUUUUGAACAGAUGUGGAGAACUUUCAACAGAUUGCGAGAGGGCAGGGUUAUAGAAAUUGAAUGUCCCAAAAAGAGAGACCGCAUAGGGAGAAGAUUUGGUUUCGUCAGGUUCUUGGAGGUGAAAGACGCUGAACAACUGGAGAGGAAGCUAAACCAAAUUCAGAUCGGGGGGUUCAAUCUCCAAGCUAACAAACCCCGUUUUGAGAAGUCAGGUUACCAGAACCAACAACAAAGAAAUAUGGGAAAGAGGAGGCCGAAUGUGGCCACGUCCAAUGCAGGAACUAAAAGGAAUCUGACUUAUGCAGAGAUAGUCAAAGGAAACAAUGUAGAUUACCAAAGUAUGGGACUCAAUGAGGGACAAUACCACGAUGCAAAUAUCAGAGAGCAAAGCAAAAGGCUCAGAGCGAAUGAUCAAACGAAGUGGAGAUGGAAACCAAAACAGAAACCUCAAGCUUGGUCAGGAAUGGAGUUUAAUGUGAAGCAAAAUGAGUAUGGGUGGCUGGAGAAAUGCUUCGUAGGAACAGUUCGCUCGGUAACUUUGAUUCCAACUUUGCAAGAAAAAUUCUUCAUGGAAGGAGUUUUCUUCUGCAAAAUCAGAGCAAUGGGUGGUAGGUUGGUCUUGAUGGAAGGACAUGAUUAUGAAGAUUUGAAAGACCUUAUUGAAACUGGCCAAGAGUGGCUAGGACAAUGGUUUGAGGAAAUCAAACCAUGGAAACCGACGAUAGUUGCAUCGGAAAGGUUUGCAUGGAUUAGGUGUUUGGGUCUACCUUUACAUGCAUGGAAACCGGAAUUUUUCCAAUCUUUUGGAAGUCUUUGGGGCACUUUUGUUUCGCUGGAUGACAGUACCAGUGGGAAAAUACGUCUCGAUGCCGCCAGAUUUCUAAUAGCAACACCGUUGUCGGAAUUCAUCUCAAAGUCCUUAACCAUAAAGAUAAAUGGGGUCCUGUACAAGGUAAAAUUUUCAGAGGAGGAGUCCAACAAUGGUCUAUACAUAAUGAAUUCAGAUUUCAAGUUAAAGGGGGGUAAGGAGCAUGAAGAUAAAUGGUUAGCAGAAGCUUCUGAAGAGGAUUCAGAUCAGUAUUCGGGUGAUAUAGAAUCCGAACAAGUUCAGGGUGAUGAAGAAGAUGAUGACAUGGCAUCAGAUCUACAUGUUCCGGAGACAGAACUAGAAGAUGAGGCAAGAGAAAUAGACACGAGGGCACACUUGAUAGAAGAUGAGGCUUCAGUGACAGGGGGACCGGAUGAAUGUUUUCAAAAGGCAAACGAGAUUACAACGGGUGGGAAGGAAGGCUCAACAAGAAAACAUUUAAUGAUUGCUGGGCUCGAGGAAGAGAGGAGCGGAAUGGGAGCAGAGUUGGACGUCAGCGAGGAAAACAUCGGGAACAGGGAGUUUUUCAAAAAGGGGGCAGAGAAGGAAGCUUCACAAGUAAACAUAUCAGAGUUUGCAACGGACAAGACUAUAGCUGCUGUUGAAGAGAGGCAAAGGAAAGAGGGAGAAGAAAUUGAGCUGAUUGGGCCGGCAAAGAAAUUGAAUUCGAAGGAUGGGAGAAACGGGCCUAAGGAAGAUGGGCCAUACUAUGAAGAAUUAAUCUCAUUAUCUUUGGGUAAUGUUAAUGGGCCAAACAAUGAAGAACCAAACCCAACUUCUUUGAGAAAGCCUUCCAAAAUGGUCAAAAAGGCAGCUACCCACGUGAGGACCGAAAAGGAAGACAGUUUCUGGAAAUAUAUGGCCGACGAUGCAGGGGAGAUGCCGAACUGGACCAAAAAGGGGGAGGAAAAAAAGAAGAAGCAGCAGAAACGAAGAGUGAAGACCUGCAGAUCAGUCUACAUGCAGUCAGGCGGACUUAAGGGUUUUCAGCUACAGAAAAAUAAGAAAGGAAAGAGGGCGGUGACGGAAAACAUGGCACAGGAGGGGGUUAGGAGGAUGUGGGAAGAAGAGGUACGAGAACUGGUGAUAAAACACAGGGUAGAGGUUUUGUUUUUGAAAGAAACAAAAAUGGAAAUAGUUGAUAGAAAAUUAUGUAGAAAGCUUUGGGAUGCAGAUAACAUGGAAUGGGUGGCUAAAUCAGCUGCAGGAGCCUCGGGAGGAUUAAUUAUCAUCUGGAAUAGUGAUAUAAUCAAGAAGAUGGAUGUCUUUGAAGGGGAGGGGUUUAUAGGAAUCCUCGGGUUAUGGGGACCAAAUCAACAUCCAUGGGGUGAUUUUAAUGCCAUCAAAAGUUCUCAGGAAAGUAAGGGGGGUAAGAAUGCGAGGAGAGACAUAAAGGGUUUUGCAGAGUUUAUUGUAAUGAAUGGCUUGCAGGAUCUACCUCUGCUGGGAAGGAAGUAUACAUGGUACCAACCAAAUGGCCGAUGCAUGAGUCGCCUAGAUAGACAUGGUUUCAGCAAAAUGGAAGGAGUUAGAAAUUCAAGGCUGGGGAGGAUUCAUUUUAAAGGAGAAGCUGAAGAUGCAAAGGACUUUCUCCGAGUGUGGUCAAAGUCCAAUAUACAGGAAGUGGACAGAAAAAUUGAGAAAUCUAGAAAGGAGAUAAACAGAGUUGAUGGCAAAGGAGAAACAAGCAAUCUGUCAAAUGAAGAUAUUAUUUUCAAGAGCUCUCAUUACACUGAGUUGCUAAAGAAUAUGCAGAUAAAAGAAGAGAUGGCUCAACAGAAAGCUCGGAAAACUUGGCUGAAAUCAGGAGAUGCUAACACCAGUUUUUUCCACAAAUGCAUCAAAGGGAGAUGGCGUAGAAACGAAAUAAAUGUAAUUUCGGUAGAAGGCAAAGAGCUAAGACAAGUUGAAGACAUAAAGCAGGGUGUUAUGAAGUAUUUUGCUAACUUAUUCUCUGAUGAGGGAUGGCAAAGACCGACUUUAGAGGGGCUAAGUUUCAAAUCUAUUUCAGAGGAGGACAGAAGCAUGCUCAUUGAACCUUUUACAGAAGAAGAGGUAAAAGCGGCGGUAUGGAAUUGCGACAGCACCAAAGCACCAGGACCGGAUGGUUUUACUUUUGGCUUUAUAAAAAAUGAAUGGGAGGUGAUUAAAGCAGAUAUCAUGGUCUUCCUCAAGGAUUUUCACACAAAUGGAAGGAUGGUAAGGGGUUCUAAUGCUUCUUUCCUGGUUUUGAUACCGAAGAAAGAGAAUCCUCAAGGCAUUGAAGAGUAUAGACCCAUUUCCUUAAUUGGCUGCAUGUAUAAGAUUCUUGCCAAAGUGUUAGCAAACAGACUCAGCAGAGUAUUAAACACAAUUAUAGGGGAGAAUCAAUUUGCUUUCAUCGAAGGAAGACAACUGGUUGACAGUGUUGUUGUGGCAAAUGAGGCAAUUGAUGAGGUGAGGAAGAGAAAAUCCCAGUGUUUUGUAUUCAAGAUUGACUUCGAAAAGGCAUAUGAUAAGGUAAUCCGCGAGCUCGAUAAAAUUAGGAAAAAUUUCUUAUGGGGUGGAGUUGGGGAAGGUAGAAAGAUAGCUUGGGUAGCAUGGGAGAGGGUCUGCUGCGGAAAAAAAGAGGGAGGGUUAGGAGUGAAAAAUCUUAGAUGGUUCAAUAUGGCAUUGCUCGGGAAAUGGUGGGGGAGAUUAAUAGGGGGAGAUAAGGGGUUGUGGUCGAGGGUGCUGCUAGAAAAAUAUGGUGGCAAAGGAGGAAAUUGGUUGUCAUGGAUGAAAGAGGGUAAAGGAAUAGGAUCGCCAUGGUGGAAUGAUAUUUGCAAAUUGAAUAUAGGAUUAGACAAAAACUGCAGCAUAUAUGAUCGAGGUUAUUGGUCUGAUGGACGCUGGUGCUGGAGAUUCCAAUGGAGAAGAUCAACUAGAGCAUGGGAGGAGGAAAAACUACAACAGUUGAUUGGGACCAUAAAUCACAUAAAACCAGUGCAGAACGUUAAAGACACCUGGAGAUGGAGGCCUGACAAUGAAGGAAACUACACCACAAGGUCAGCUUACGAGCAGUUGGCAAAGAAAGAGGAAAGUACACUGUUGGAGUACAAAAAUAUAUGGAGUGCGCAAGUCCCUUCAAAAGUGGCAGCUUUUUCAUGGCAAAUGCUUCUUGAUAGAAUUCCCACAAAGGCCAACUUGGCAAAGCGGGGCAUUAUGGAUGACAACCAAGGGGAUCUUGUUGUUUGACCCACUUCCUGGAUGUAAUUUGUUUAUUGAUGUCAAUGGGUUUGAGUACCCCUUGUACUCACUUAAUAAAUUUCUUUUUGCUUU